AUGUUCUUGGAGACUCUUAUUUUCCAAGAACAACAGCUAGUACAAACCAAGGGACAAGCCAGGCAUCUCAUGGAACAGGGUCUCCAGGAGCAACAGCUAGUACAAACCAAGGGACAAGCCAAACAUCUCAUGGAACAGGGUAUCCAGGAUCAACAGCAACUCCUAACCAAGAUACAAGCCAAACAUCUCAAGGAACUGGAUCUCCAGGAUCAACAGCAACUCCUAACCAAGAUACCAGCCAAACAUCUCAAGGAACUGGAUCUCCAGGAUCAACAGCAACUCCUAACCAAGAUACCAGCCAAACUUCUCAAGGAACUGGAUCUCCAGGAUCAAGAGCAACUCCUAACCAAGAUACAAGCCAAACAUCUCAUGGAACUGGGUCUCCAGGAUCAAAAGCGACUCCUAACAAAGAUACAAGCCAAACAUCUCGUGGAACUGGGUCUCCAGGAUCAACAGCAACUCCUAACCAAGAUACACGCCAAACAUCUCGUGGAACUGGGUCUCCAGGAUCAACAGCAACUCCUGACCAAGAUACAAGCCAAACAUCUCAUGGAACUGGGUCUCCAGGAGCAACAGCUAGUACAAACCAAGGGACAAGCCAAACAUCUCAUGGAACAGGGUCUCCAGGAUCAACAGCAACUCCUGACCAAGAUACAAGCCAAACAUCUCAUGGAACUGGGUCUCCAGGAUCAACAGCAACUCCUAACCAAGAUACAAGCCAAACAUCUCAUGGAACUGGGUCUCCAGGAUCAACAGCAACUCCUGACCAAGAUACAAGCCAAACAUCUCUUGGAACUGGGUCUCCAGGAUCAACAGCAACUCCUGACCAAGAUACAAGCCAAACAUCUCUUGGAACUGGGUCUCCAGAUGCAACUCCUGACCAAGAUACAAGCCAAACAUCUCAUGGAACUGGGUCUCCAG